AUGCAAACGGCCACCAAAAUUCUCACCAUUGCCUUCUUCUCACCAUCGCUCGCAUCGUUCCCGUCGCUGCAUGAGCUCGGAUUGGGCCUUGACACGCACCUUCCACCCGGUCGCAACGCACUGGGCAAGCAAAGAGGAACCGAGAUGCUGUUCUGUCCAACAUGUGCCAACUGUCUCAUCAUCCAGCUCGAUGAGCAGGGCAACAACAAGUGGUCGUGCCACACGUGUCCGUACGAGUUCCCCAUCGUGCGCCAGAUGACCACGCGGCUGCAUCUCAAGCGCAAAGAGGUAGACGACGUCAUGGGCGGCGAAGAAAGCUGGAAGAACGUCGAUUCCACAGAUGCACCGUGUCCGAAAUGCGAGAAUCCAAAGGCGUUCUUUAUGCAGCUCCAGAUCAGGUCGGCCGACGAACCGAUGGAAGGAGAACUGAGCGCACGUGUAGGCGGCAUGUAUACCCAAAACCACUUCCCGACAUCAUUGUAA